UUUUGGUCAGCUUAAGUGGAGCUCCUGUCCUCAUCUCUCCUCAGAGUUGGAGCUGCUGUGCUCCUAUGUUUAACUGCAGGAUCAGACGCUGAAGACACUGCGAGGAAGCCUCCCAGCUACGUUUGGGUCAUUUGGGGCUGCAGGUGCCGUUUGAAGUGAAUGCAGCAGCGAAAAGUUUUCAGUUAAUAUUAGCACGUUUUCAUAGUGAACUGUAGGAAAUGGACAAAGUGCGCCCUCUGCUGGUAUUUUCCCUGCAACUGCUCUGUUCCUGCCAGGCAGCCUCCACUUUGUCCAAUGGCUUCUUCUACCAAGACAUCAUCAACGGCAACGGCAACGGAGAGAUCUUCUUCAAUGGAGUGAAACUGCAGAUCGAGGCCCAGCUGCCCUCUGUGUUCACUGUAAGUGGUAAUAACAUCACCCUGCCUUGCAACUUCUGGUACGAACCUCCACUGAGCAGCCCUCGGAAAGUGCGGGUGAAGUGGGCCUGGUUACCCGUCUUUGGGGACAGUGAGUCUGAUGUCCUGGUUGCUAUUGAUCACCGGCAUCGCAGCUUUGGGGACUUUAAAGAUCGAGUGUACCUUCAGCAGGACUUCCCAGGAGACAUUUCACUGGUCAUCACUAAUGUGAGCCUGAAUGACAGUGGGCAGUAUCGCUGUGAGGUCAUCGAUGGGCUGGAAGAUGAGAGUGCAACAGUGCAUCUGGAGCUCAGAGGUGUGGUGUUCCCCUACCAGCCACGGCACGGCCGCUACCACAUGACCUUCCGGGCAGCACGGCAGGCAUGUGAGGAGCAGGAUGCUGCAGUGGCCACAUUUGACCAGCUCUACACAGCCUGGGAGGAGGGGCUGGACUGGUGUAACGCUGGUUGGCUGGCAGACGGGACGGUGCAGUACCCCAUCACUCAGCCGCGGACACCCUGUGGAGGCCUCGACCUGGCCCCCGGGCUGCGUAGCUAUGGAAUGAGACACAAGCACAUGCACCGCUACGACGUCUUCUGUUUCUCCAGCUCUAUCAGGGGCAGAGUCUACUACCUCCAGCAUCCUCAGAGGCUGAACUUCACUGAGGCCGUCCAGGCUUGUGUUGAGGAUGGUGCACAAAUAGCCAAGGUGGGUCACCUGUUUGCAGCCUGGAAGUUCCUGGGGCUGGAUCGCUGUGAUGCUGGCUGGCUGGCUGAUGGGAGCCUGCGCUACCCCAUAACUAACCCUCGCCCAAACUGUGGCCCAAAUGAGCCAGGGGUCCGCAGCUUCGGCUUCCCCUCCCCGUACCACAAGCACGGGGUGUACUGCUAUAGCUCUAGGUAAAAGCUAAUUGAAUGUGUAUUGAGAAUCUGCCUUUGCCUGCUGAAUGUGAAUGACAUUGUCUUCAAUCCAAAGUAUAUGUCUGAACUCACCUCAUACAGCUGAGAGCUGUAGAUAUGGAUAGAAAACUUCUAGUAAGGAUUAAACAUUUACAGAUUGUUCACUUCUUUUUGGAGAUUCAUGCUCAGAUUUCCAUAACUAUCUAAAAGACUGCAGGGGUGAUACUAUGUAGGUGAAUGUAUAUAGGUGGCAAAUUAUUAGGAAAACAAAAUAUGGUCACUAUGCUUUUGUAGAUUGUUCAGACACAUUAAAUACUAAAUAUUUGCCGAUCAGAUUUUGUGUCACAUUGAGAAGGGCAAGAACUGAAACAUUUGUAGUUUUGUUCCCAUAAACUGACCAAAAUAUGUACAAUUAAAAAAUGGUAUAUUUCCAGUUAAAUUUAAAGUACAUAAUAAUUAUUACAUCUUCUUUCUGGUAAGCUCUGGUUUAUAGGGUUGCUGGUUUGCUCAUCAUCAUUCUUGGUAGAGCUUCCAAACCACAAAGCACUUUCUCAACUGUAUUUAGCUGAAGAGACUGCUUAUAAGAUAAUCAGGAUACAUAUGUUAAUUUUAAGUACUUUGUUAUAUUUUUAUGAAUUAGCUUUCUAGGUGCACAGUCCUGAGAGACAGGAACAUGUGCUUACACAGUAUACAGUAAUACCUCCAUAAGUAUGAACAUAAAUGUAUGUUUUUUACUGUAUUUUCUUUACCUCAUUGCGUAUGAAUAUGUUAAGGUGGCGGCUUUAUUUCAAUGCAUGUAACAAUCAUACUUGUGUAAUAGCUAUGUAUAUAGGUACAGUUGUGUGCAAAAGUUUGGGUGCCCCUGCCCAAAUUAAAAAUUUUGUGCAAAAGUUAUGGCACAAUUAAAAUAUUUUUUUCAAUAUGUUAA